GUCAAACACAGGAACCAGGCCUUUUUGUGUCGCCACUUCCUGUUGUGUUGCUCUUCUUUCAAACCAGGAAGAUGGAGUUACUGUCAAACAAAUGGACUUUAAAUUUUCUGCUUUGUUUGUGUUUCAUCGGUGCUGGUUGUACUUCAGUGGAGAAAAAGAUCUACGUUCACCUCAAUUACACCGUCCCGUGUGUGCGGCUACUCAAUGCCACGCAUCAGAUUGGCUGCCAGUCCUCCUUGUCCGGUAAUGUGGGGGUGCUUCAUGUGCUGGAGUCAGAGGAAAACCUUGACUUUGUUCUGAACACGGGUAUCCAUCCUCCUUAUAUGGUCAUCCUAGAACACCAGCUUUUUACCAGAUCCAUCAUGAUGAAACUGAAGAACAACUCUAGCAGGGUGGCAGGUGUUGCAGUCGUGGCACCAAACACCAACCCGGAGCAAGGCGUCUCCCCGCACACUACGUGUCCCAACGAGAACUCAGGCGUGUAUUCCGAGAGCUACGACCCCACACUGGCUCACUGCAACAGAACCGUGUGGAAUCCGCUGGGCAAUGGACUGUCCUAUGAGGAAUUUGACUUCCCCAUCUUUUCCCUUAAGGAUGACAAUGAAACACACCUUAUCCGGCAGUGCUACCUAGACCAUAACCGUGUGGUGAAUGGCAGCGCCCCCGUGUACCCGCUGUGCGCAAUGCAGCUCUACUCGCACAUGUCGGCAGUCACCAACACGGCCACCUGCAUGAGGAGGAACAAUAUUUUCAGCAUCACGCCGGAGUAUGUGUGCGACCCGCUGGGCGACUUCAACAUUUGGGCCAGUACCAGGCCGCUCAACAACACAGCCAAAGGACACAAGAUGGGGGAGAAUGUCGUCAUCGCUGCUGCUCGACUGGACAGCCGAUCCUUCUUCUUUGACAUAGCUCCGGGAGCGCAGAGCGCCGCCUCGGGCUUCAUCGCCCUGCUGGCAGCUGCCCACGCCCUGCGCAAUGUCACCCAGGAGGCACCACCCAACCGCACCAUACUGUACACCUUCUUCCAGGGGGAAACUUUUGACUACAUUGGAAGCUCCAGGAUGGUGUAUGACAUGGAGAAUAAACAAUUCGUGGUGGACCUUGACAACGUUCAUUCUGUGAUGGAAGUCGGACAGGUGGGCCUGCGUACCGAAUCCCGACUAUGGCUCCACUCUGAUCCCGUCUCACGGAGGAACGCCAGUAUUGACCAGGAGGUAAAGACGUUGGUAGAGAACAUCCAGUCAGCCGCCACGGAGUUAAACGUCUCGGCGAGCGAGCCCGACUCAUCACAGCCACUGCCACCUUCGUCCUUCCAGCGCUUCUUGCGCUCACGGCCCAUCCCCGGGGUGGUUAUCGAGGACCACCGGUCAGAAUUCAGCAACAGGUUUUAUGAGAGCAUGUAUGAUAACGCAGAAUACCUGAGUGUAUCGUACCCGCAGAACAUGACCCAAGAGGAGCAGCUGCAGUUUGUCACAGACACGGCCAAGGCUCUGGCUGAGGUAGCCACAGUAGUGGCACGGGCUUUGUACAGGCAGGCAGGAGGGGAACAAUCCCAGCUGACCAACAUUAACGCCGAUGCCCAAAUAGUGACCCAGAUGCUUUACACUUUCCUCAUCCGGUCAAAUAACAGCUGGCUGCAGCAGAUCGUUCCAGAAAAACUCGCAGGCCACUUGAAGGACACAGCCACCAACUUCUACGUGGGCGUAGUAGCCCAGCAGAAGAUAAAUGAGCCCACGUACCUGGUGCAGCACCUGCUUGCCAGCCUGACGGGCAGUGUGAUCAACGUCACCCAACAGGAUUGUGAUAACAAGCGGACCAACGAGAGCGACACCGAGAGCAAACAUAUGUACGAAUACACAUGGGUGCAAGGCGCGAUACCGCCCAAUGCCACAGAGAGGCAGAGUUAUUGCAUCCGCUCCACAGUGCGCAUCUCAAAGGCGGUGUCACCCGCCUUUGACCCACUGCAAGAGUUCACUUCUGAGGACUAUUCCACUUGGACAGAGUCUCGCUGGAAGACCAUCAAGGGCCGAAUCUUUCUGGUGGCCAGUCAUGAGCUGGAGAUGGUGACUCUGGGUGUGGGCGUGGGCGUGCUGUUCACCUCCCUGCUGCUCACAUACGUGCUGAGCUCCAAGGCUGACAUCCUGUUCAGCUCGCAGAGGGAGCCCACCAACGCCACCUACUGAUCACAAGUACUGCAACGACAAAUACCGUACUACUACUACAUGUACCCACCCGCCUGCAGACCCGGACUAUGUUGCUCCAAUCCAAAACACACAAGCGGGUACUCGUGCCUCUUGAAGGUUGUUUUAGACCUCAAAACAGUGGCACGUAAGGGUCCCAAAACGUCUGGUCAGGUACCAGUAGCAGGCCUUGGAAACGAUGUUCAUAUUUCUCUUAAAUUAACGAUUUGCUUUUUAUUUUGGUUUGUGUGAACAAUGGCAAGUAUGUGUUUGAAUGAGUUCUAUAGUUGAUUGUGAAAACAGGGGCAAUGGUAAAUGUGUGAGUGAGAUUGAUGUGUGCAAUGCUGUAAUCUUUACUGUAAAUAAGUGUAAUUCUUUCCAAUGUUAAGAAACCACUUUUGUCUUGAGGUGCGUCGAACAAAAGAGCAGCACUCAAAGUUGUCAUGUAUUCGAGAACAACAAUGUGUUUUGCACUGCUUACUUCCAUUUGAGUUGGACUUCUUUCUUUAGUCACAGAAUCAUAAUUUCCUAAAUGUCGACAUCAUUGACUGACGGCGAUCUACGAUAUGCCGUGAUGCUUUGAGGAGUAAAUAAACACUGCUUUUACACA